UGCAUACCUCCCCAGCAGCCUAUCAGGUUGGAAAGAGGGAGGGUGGGACUGACCCAAUGCUGAGUUUACUGUGGCUUUAGGUGCUCAUGAAAACCCAGCAGGAGGGACAGGAAGAGGUACUACUGGUAGUACUCUGCUCGUGAUGCAACACCCUAAUAAUGCUGGCUGGGACGGGACUUCGUCAGUAUUUCAAGCAUAGCAACUCAAUUCUGCGAUGACAGGAAUCGUUUUGGUUUGCUCUUGACUGCGCACCUAUCUAGCAUGAAGGUGUUGAUGAGUGGGCUCAGAGGUUCCUGACAUCCACUCGCUCAUGAAUCCAUUCGUCAAGGUCAACAAGCAACCAGGGCACCCGUCAACGGUAAGUCUAGCUAGCUAGACUUCUCGACUGGGUACAGUACAGUGUACCAGUACGCUGUAAUGGCAUGGGUGGAUGAUUCUAUUCAACGGAAAUCCCAAAGCUGAUGCUGAAAUUCUUCUUUCUCUGUAUUGGAACCUGGGGUUGGGCUGUGGAACUGGUUGGAUGAUGAAUUCUUGACACUUUGUUGUCAUCAAUCCAGAGUAUAUUUUCUAGGGCAUAGUAUAGCGUUGAUUAGAAUACAAAGAUCGGGAUCGAUGGGAAGGACAUCGUAUGACAUGGAAAGGGACCAGCAAAGAACGCUGACGGCGAAUUUCAAGAUUAGAUUUCCGAUGUGAGUUUUCUUGUCCGUGAGAAAGAAUGAGUCGAGUCGAGUCAGCAGAAAGGCUGUGUCCACGAGGGAUCAUGGUUGGUGCAUCGUUCGGUACAGUAUCACACAGUUAUUUUACGGCUCUGCCGGUUUAAAUGUUUCACCAAGUGUGCGACCUAGCUAUCUUUUUACGAUGAUAUCUUCUUCUGCGGCCGUCGACGCUCGACGCUCCCUCCAUUGCUCCAUUGGACUGUCACUCCCUCAGUUUGGUUUUUGGAGAGUUGAUGGAAGCAAUCCUUUCCAGCGGUCUCUAUAGCUACUACACGUCGCUAUUUAAAAAAAGCCAUUGCGUGCCUGUACGAACAACCCCAUUCGAUCCUCAAUGAAGCAAUUAUUUCUCGCUCGUACCACCAGGUCCAUCAAAACUUGGAGUAGGAUCUGUGGGUCGAGACACCCAACUUAUUUGCGUCUGUCUCGUCAAUUGGGGACCCUCACAACGGGCGAUGAAUCGUCUCCAGCGUCGUCACCACCAUCCAUAUUGAAACGCGUGUGGAGGUCCAUUUGGGACAAAGAUGCUUUAGAUGAAGCAGGCGGAGGCGCACUGAAAGCCCAAGAACGAAAAGAUCUCUACUAUCUGCUUUUGGUGACAAAACUACGAGAAAUUCGACUCGACAAUCCAGAAUGGGAAUACCGACAAGCCUUUGACGCGGCGUACCAAGAACUGGAAGCCAAGGGGUUGGAUGAUAUGAGCAAUGCCGUACUCCGAUUGGAACUGCAAGAUUUGCUGGGUCCACAAGUAGUGGAUUUGUUGCACAGUUUUGAUCAUGUGGACAGUCAAAUGAACCCAGAAUUGUUCGUCGAAGAUGAGAGUGCUGGAACUGUGAUGAGUGAUCAUGAUUACAAUGACUACCGAGCAGUGUUAAAGGAAGAUCAUGAAGAAACAGCCACGCGACUGGAAAACCUUCGAACGGUGUUUGACAAUUCUUCCUCCAACGAAGCUCUCUCCCUCAAACUCUCCCGAUCCAUUGCCUUUCUAGAACGAAAACUAGGAGCUCUCACAUCCAUCUUGGAUUUUCACAGCUGGAACGAAGGGGCCAGCAGCAAUGGGGCCGAUUGGGCUUCCACAUAUCCAACCGAUUUUGAUAGUGAAAUGGACGAUUUCGGAUUUCGAGUAUCCACGGCAGACGAAGAAACCUUUAUUGCCGUUCGACAAUACCAAACCGUCAAUCUGUAUCGAGCCGCCAUGCUACGAAAAGAACUAGGCUACUCGGUGCUGGCACUCAAGUCUCUUAUCCCUAAUGCGGGAAGAGGAGUCUUUGUCGAUGGAAUUGCCAUGUCAGGGUCGCUGAUUGCCGUCCAACCAGGACCUGUCUGGCCACUGGGAUCGGUACGACCGGACGUGGAGGAUCAUUUCCAGAACAAUGAUAAUCUACAGCUAUCCAUGAGAUACGACAACUUUAUUGUGGAUUCGAGACGGUCGCCAUACACUGUUUUGACCAGACCCAACUCCAAUCCGUUUGCUUUGGGACAUGUGGUCAAUCACCCUCCGCCAGGAUCGCUCCCUAACUGCCAAUCGGCCAUGCUGAAUUUCAUAGAGGGAAUGCAACUGGGAGAUUUGUAUCGUUAUGUCCCCAAUACCUACGCGGUGCCUCCUACAUGGAUCAACCGGACAUUUGAUCGAUAUGUCAUUGAGAUGCACAGUCUGGGUCUUUUGGCAAGAAGAGAUGUGCAAGAGGAAGAAGUGUUCUAUGACUACAGGAUUACUGGGGCAGAUAUGCCAAGAUGGUAUCAUCGAGUGGACUAUCCCGAUGAAUAGCUAGAUAACAAAAAGUGGCGAGCAAAUGGCACUGCGAUUGUCUUUCUGCCUGCCAGCUACCGUAGUAGAUAGCCAGUAGGGUAGCUGGACUGCACCGGUGCACUAAAGCAUGGUAGCUCUUCCGUAUCGAUAAAGUGUCUGACAGCUCAACUUCAUACUCGUAGGUGGUUAGCAACUACUAGCUGUACCGAUAGAUAACCAGAAGCCCAACCGUACUGGCAGCUCUGAAAAUGUGCAACUGUGGCUGUGUUGCAAACUGCAAAGUCAUAAGUGGCUGACAGCUCUCUGGAGCAACUGUAUACUACAUGUACUAGCAUCUCAUCUGAGCUUCAAGUACUCUAGAGUAGGCUCUCCUGUACUUCGGGGGCUGCUAUCCAUAGCUAGACUACAAGCUGUG